AUAAAUAAGUAAAUCCCCAAAUUUAGUGGGGAAGCGCUCUUUAUUUAUUUCCAAUUGUCUUCCAUUUUAUUUCUUCUCUGUAAUAUUUGGCCGUUGCUCCAAAACCAGAGGAAGAAAAUAAAAAAUUCCUCUGUUUUCUCAGCAAUGGCAUCUCUUGUUCUUCUUCUUCUUCAAUCUUCAUUGUGGGUUACCUUGGUUCUGCUAAUCUCACCCGCUCAAUCCCUCACCUGCACAACCCAGAAAUUUUCAAACAACAAGCUUUACUCUCAAUGUUUAGACCUUCCUUCUCUCGGUUCUUACCUCCAUUGGACCUAUGAUUCCUCAAAUUCCUCACUCUCCAUCGCCUUCAUUGCUCCUCCUGCGAAAUCCGACGGUUGGAUUUCGUGGGCUAUUAAUCCGACGGGUACGGGCAUGGUUGGAUCCCAAUCUUUAAUCGCUUUCAAACAAUCGGACGGUUCCAUGGUUGUUAAGACUUACGAUAUCAAAUCUUACAGCUCUCUUGUUGAAGGAAAGCUCUCGUUUGAUGUUUGGGAUACCUCAGCCGAGUACUCCGGUGGGGUUAUGAGGAUCUUUGCGAAGGUAAAGUUGCCGGAGAAAGCUUCUUCGGUGAAUCACGUAUGGCAGGUGGGUCCUUCCGUGGCUUCUGGUAGACCAGACGCUCAUGAGUUUCAGGGUGCCAACCUUAACGCUAAAGGGAAAUUAAGCUUGAAUGGGUCUCAGAUUAGUACAACCACCACCUCUGUAGAUUCAAGGACGAAGAAGAAGAAUAUUCAUGGGAUUUUAAACGCUGUAAGCUGGGGAAUAUUAUUCCCACUUGGAGUUAUCAUAGCCAGGUACCUUAGAACUUUUGAGUCUGCAGAUCCGGCAUGGUUUUAUCUCCAUGCUUUUUGUCAAACAUCUUCUUAUGCCAUUGGAGUAGCUGGUUGGGCUACUGGGAUCAAGCUUGGAAGUGAGUCAAAGGGGAUUGAAUAUACAGGCCAUCGUAAUAUUGGGAUUGCCCUUUUCAGCCUUGCAACUCUUCAGAUUUUUGCUCUGUUCAUUAGACCAAAGAAGGACCACAAGUAUCGAUUCUACUGGAACAUAUACCAUCAUGGUCUUGGCUAUGCCAUCAUUGUUCUUGGUAUCCUAAACGUGUUUAAAGGUAUUAAUAUACUAAGUCCUGCUCAGAAGUGGAAAUCUGCAUACAUUAUUUGCAUUGCUGUAUUGGGUGGAAUUGCUUUGUUAUUGGAGGUAAUCACUUGGAUUGUUGUGUUGAGAAAAAAGUCAAGAAGGUCUACUAAACCUUAUGAUGGUUACAACAAUGGUCAAGGCUCCCAAAGACCACUUGGUUUCUGAUACAAUUUUAAUGGUAGAUAGAUACCAGUGAAGAAAAGGGUUUUUGCCACGGCUACACAACAACACAACACAACACUCAUUCGAGUUUGUAUUAUUCUUAUCUCCUUAAUUAGUCCUCACCUUGUUCUUGUUUUCAUGCCUUUUUUAAUCUAUCAUGUAUAAUUAAAUUGGCUUGAUUUCAUUCUAGAUAUUAUUUGUUCAGAAGAAUAUUAUAUACACAUUCAGCUUCUUGUCCCACUUUGUUUUUAUUAUCUCAUUGUGAUUAGGUUAAUUGAAUAUGAAGAUGAGAGUACUCACAAUUUUUUGUUU